AACGUCAAAAUGUCCUUUGGGAAUAUGCAGUAUCAGCAGCAGCAGCAGUUGCAGCUGCCAGAGCAACAACAACAACAUCCGCUGCUGUCAGCCAUUUCCGGAAAUAAUUAUGCUGAAACGCAGCGUGCACAUUACCCUUGGCAUCAGCAGCAGCAGCAGUUCUACCAGCCCGGCCAUUACCAUCAUGGACGUCCAAUGCUGGCGGCAGCAGCGAGCAACCACAAUGGUGCUUAUGCCAGCACAGCCAGCGGACAUUCGGGUUAUGGCGUGGAGCCAUCGGUGGAGUAUGAAGUGCCGCAGACGCCACCCUCGGGCAGCUAUCAUGCCAGUGCGGGCAGCGCGCCCGCAUACGGUCCGCCACAUCCGCCCGCACACCCGCCGCCGCCACCGCCACCGCCAGCAUCCAAGAGCAAGUCAAGCGGCGGCAAAAAGAAAAAGAGCUCCAGCUCUGUGAUGUCUGCAUUAACGCUGCUCUCGUUCUUCUUUUUCGUUAACAUGCUGCAGAAUUGCAUCAAGGAGCACAUCGCCGAUAUUAACCCCACUGUGAUGGUGCUCACUUCGGUUGGCAGUCGCAAUCGCUUCAAUAAAUUAGCUGAAAUGAACUCACGCGAGCAGACCUCAUCGCCCGCCUCGACGAUUGCAUCUCACGAGCAACAAUCGCUGCUCCCAGCACCAGCAGCAGCAGCAGCAGCAGCAACAUCUUGGCCGCAGCUAACAGCGCCCAGUUCCGCCGUAGUGCCUGUCAUUGUUACGCCCGCUGUGACGCUGCAUACGCCAUACAGCAGCGUCCUGGUGACUAAUAAGCCUGCUCUGCAUGCAAAUCCGCAUUCAUAUUCACCGACGAAGCCGCCGCCGCUGCCGCUGCCGCCGCCACAUCAUGAUGUUGAUUAUAAUUACGCUCAUCGCGCACCCUACGCGGGCAGCAGUGCUGCUGCUGCUGCUGAUUUCUAUCCUAAUCGCAGCCACAUUGACCAGUCGUUGACGCGCCCCGACUCUGACUACUAUCAGCAUCAUUAUUAUCGCGAGCGCGACAGAGAGCGAGAGCGAGAGCAAGAGCGCGAGAGGUACUGGCAACAGCAGCAGCAGCAAGCGAAUCAGUACAUGGACAGUGGUUAUGGCCAUGCUUGGUCUUACAGCUCGAAUGGCCAUGCAGCUGCUGCUGCUGCUGGAGCUGGCAACAAACGUUACUCAUCUUCAGCUUCGUUGGGCGCUCAGUCGGGCGUAAGCUCUUACUUGGCAAACGCGCGUUACCGCCAUGCUGAUGCUGAUGAUGAGCAUCAUGUCGAUGAUGAUGAUGAUGAUGCUGACCAACAGGCGCGUCAUGGCUUCCAUACACGCAAUAAUUGA